UCUCUCCCAAAUUUCUUUUUGCUGCUCAUCGCGGUUGAAGAACAAGCGAUUCUGGUAAACCCUAACCCUAGUUGAUACAGGUAGAAAUAAUCAACUCCAAUUCAGGAUGGCGGAGCACUUGGCGUCGAUUUUCGGUACAGAAAAGGACAGAGUGAACUGUCCGUUCUACUUCAAGAUCGGAGCUUGUCGGCAUGGAGACAGAUGCUCCAGGCUCCACACCAAGCCCAGCAUCAGCCCUACCCUAUUACUUUCCAACAUGUACCAGCGUCCUGAUUCGAUUACUCCAGGUGUCGAUCCUCAGGGUCAACCCCUCGAUCCUCGCAAAAUCCAAGAUCACUUCGAGGACUUUUAUGAAGAUUUAUUUGAAGAGCUGAGCAAGUAUGGGGAGAUUGAAAGUCUAAACAUAUGUGAUAAUUUGGCUGACCACAUGGUGGGGAAUGUGUACGUUCAGUUUAGGGAAGAAGAACAUGCUGCAAAUGCUCUUCAGAAUCUGAGUGGAAGGUUUUAUGCAGGUCGCCCCAUCAUUGUGGACUUCUCACCAGUGACGGAUUUUCGGGAAGCUACAUGUCGACAGUAUGAAGAAAAUGUAUGCAAUCGUGGUGGUUACUGCAACUUCAUGCAUUUAAAAAAGAUAAGCAGGGAGUUGAGGAGGCAAUUAUUUGGGAGAAGUCGGAGAAGGAGAAGUCGAAGCAGGAGUCAUAGUCCUCAGAGGCAUCGUGGUUAUGACGAGCGUCCACAAGGUGGUGGCCGAGGUUCAGGAAGAAGAGGAGGUGAUUAUGCAGAUCAACGACAUCAUGAUAGGGGCAGGAGGCCCAGAAGCAGGAGUCCUGGACGAAGAGGGGGACGUAGCAGAAGCCCUGGUGGAAAGAGAAAUCGUAGUCCAGUUAGGGAAGGCAGUGCUGAGAGAAGGGCAAAAAUUGAACAAUGGAACAGGGAAAGGGAGCAAGCCGACUCCCGUCCAAAAUCCGCCACUAAUGAUAACAAUAGCGAUGAUGGUGCGGUACCAAAUGGAGACCAGUAUUAUGAUCCUCGUCAGCAGCAACAUGAUGAUGGAGGUUAUGAUGACUGAUCAAAGUUACUUCGUCUGGAGUACAGGGUUGACUUUCGUCCUCAUCUUCAGGGCAACUAUACAGAAGGAACUGAUUUGAAGAUGAUGUGGCCGUAAGCCGUAAGUUCUCGUUUCUUCUGAUUUUCCUUUUUGUUGAGAACCCACUUAGAGACUGGAAUUCGAUUUAUGUUCUAGUGGAAUAUUAUCUACCCUAGUUUCUUGUGCACUGGAUGGUAAUUUUGCUUUUUGUAUGAAACCGACUGUUGUGCACUUUGUUUGUAUGUCCGUUGAAGAAUGGAAGCAAUGUUGUUUGUUUAAAGUGUUGUAUGAAGGGGUAUAGUUAUUUGAGC